AUGUCUUACCCCCAGGGUUACCUCUACCAGCCGCCGGGCUCUCUGGCGCUCUACUCCUGCCCGGCUUACGGGGCUUCUGCCCUGGCUGCCCCGAGGAGCGACGAGCUGGCCAGGUCGUCCAGUGGAUCAGCCUUUAGUCCUUACCCCGGAUCAGCUGCUGCAUUCACGGCUUCAGCCAGCGGCUUCUCCAGCCCAAUGCCAUACUCCACAGACCCUGCCACGGGAUUCCCUUCCUACAUGAGCUCUCCUUACGACGCGCAGGGCAUGGCCGGGGCGCUCAGCUACCACCCCUACGGUAGCCCGGGAUACCCCUACCAGCUCAACGACCCGGCCUACCGCAAGAACGCGACCCGAGACGCCACCGCCACGCUGAAGGCCUGGCUACAGGAGCACAGGAAGAACCCCUACCCCACCAAGGGAGAGAAGAUCAUGUUGGCCAUCAUUACUAAGAUGACCCUGACGCAGGUGUCCACCUGGUUCGCCAACGCCAGGAGGAGGCUGAAGAAGGAGAACAAGAUGACGUGGGCUCCCCGGAAUAAGAGUGAGGAUGAGGACGAUGGAGACGGAGAGAGGAAUGAUGACCGCUUGGAGAAAAAUCUUGACCACAGCGAGACGUCCGCGGAGGAUGAAGGUAUCAGUUUGCAGGUUGAUACCCUCACAGACCAUUCUUGUUCAGCGGAGUCUGAUGGGGAUAAGGUGAGCUGUCGGAUCGGAGACCUGGUCUGUGAGUCUGGGUCAGAUACUAAGGACAAAUGUGAGGAUGAUGAUGAUGAUGAUCACGAACUGGAGAAUGAUGAACGACACCGAAGCCUGUCAUCUAAACUUGUGACAUCAUCACCACUAACACGGCUUGAGGCCUCGGUCUUAAACCAUCACCACCGGGAAAACAACAACAAAUCAUGUCUUGACAGCCGAAUCUCAGGUCCUCAAGCCGUCAAACCCAAACUGUGGUCUUUAGCGGAGAUCGCUACUUCAGACCCGAAGCAGCAGCAGCAGCAUCACCCGGGGCAGACUUGUCCAUCCCUCGGUCUUCUAACCUCCACCUCCUCCACCCCCUCCACGGCUGUCCCUGGCGCUGUGUACUCCGCCUCUUCCAUCCUAGGACGACCCAUCUACUACACGUCUCCGUUUUACAGUAAUUACACAAACUAUGGCAACUUCAGCCCGCUGCAGGGUCAAGGGAUUGUGCCAUAUAACUCUGCUGCUAACGACGGACUCACACAGACCGCUACCGAGGGCAGCACCAUGCAUAAACACACCACUGACUCUCUGCUUAAAACCAACUCCAACCACAUUGAACAAAAGUUCAGACCCUCACAUUUAUACUCUAAGAAAG